AUUUAUGAGGAAAUAAUAACUACUCUUUUGUUAGUAACCCUAACAACAGUGACCGUAACUUGCUCCCAUGAUUAUUAAACCCUUUUGAGGCACAUUUUAUAAUUUCUUAUUCUUCUUCUUUUAUUAUUCUUUAACCAUUGAAAGUCAUAGCAGAGAAAGAGAGAGAAAGGGACUGAGGGAGGGCUGAUAUGCUCUGUCUCUGGAAAGAGUAGGGGAGGAAGGAGGAGCCGCAGAAUGAAACCCGGGGCCAUUAGGAGAGGAAGAACACGAGGAGCACCACUGGAACUAGCUCUACCACUACACCAGCUGCAUCAAACCCAGAGAGGAGCUUUUGAAGAUGGGCAACUGUGGUACCAGAGAGGAGUCUGCUGUCGUCUCCCAUGCGCAAGUUCAGCAGCUUCACAUGUUAUCUCUACCUGUUAAAAAUGGCGGUUCGGAGAAGAAGCACAGUCGUUCCGUAUCAGAUCUGAGCGAUCCUUCAACUCCGCACAACAUUGAGGACUCUAGAAAGAAUGCUGUGCUAUAUACACAUGUUAUCGCUUUUACAUUGUUCGAGCUCGAGACCAUAACCAAGAGCUUCCGCUCUGAUUAUAUUCUGGGCGAAGGUGGAUUUGGAACAGUGUACAAGGGUUACAUAGACGAAAAUGUGAGGGUCGGCCUCAAAUCCCUCCCAGUUGCUGUAAAAGUUCUUAACAAGGAGGGCCUUCAAGGCCAUAGAGAAUGGCGUACGGAGGUUAACUUUCUUGGGCAGCUGAGGCAUCCAAACCUGGUCAAGUUAAUUGGAUAUUGCUGCGAGGAUGAUCAUAGGUUACUUGUCUACGAGUUCAUGUUCCGCGGAAGCCUCGAGAAUCACUUGUUUCGAAAGGCAACUGUUCCUUUAUCUUGGGCAACAAGGAUGAUGAUUGCUCUGGGAGCAGCCAAAGGGCUUGCUUUCCUUCACAAUGCUGAAAGGCCUGUUAUCUAUCGGGAUUUCAAAACGUCAAAUAUAUUGUUGGACUCUGAUUAUACGGCAAAGCUCUCUGAUUUUGGGCUGGCAAAAGCUGGACCACAAGGCGAUGAGACCCAUGUGUCAACUCGGGUAAUGGGAACUUAUGGUUAUGCUGCUCCAGAAUAUGUGAUGACUGGUCACCUGACAGCCAGGAGCGACGUCUACAGCUUUGGGGUUGUUCUUCUGGAGCUGUUGACUGGAAGGAGGUCAGUUGACAAGACGAGACCCAGUAAGGAGCAGAGCUUGGUGGAUUGGGCACGACCAAAGUUGAAUGACAAGAGGAAAUUGCUGCAAAUAAUAGACCCCAGAUUAGAGAGCCAGUACUCGGUGAGGGCAGCGCAGAAAGCCUGCAGCUUGGCAUACUAUUGCCUGAGCCAGAACCCCAAAGCAAGACCCUUAAUGAGCGAUGUGGUUGAGACCUUAGAGCCUCUCCAGAGCAGCCGUGCUGGCACAGAUGAAGUAUCGUCAUCAUCUUCCCUCAUCACUGGGGCUGGCACAUUUGCCAUGAGGGGAAUUUCCGAUUACCGGGUGCAUCACAGGUUUGGCAACAAUAUUGGUACCGGUGCUGGUUGCCGGUCCCCCAACCCCAGUUGUUCCCCAGGUGCGGCUGCGGCUUGCCGGGUCAGAUGAGAAAUGCAUGCUUUGCAUUUUGUAUACUCCUUUGUAGUGUGCCUUCCUUGCCUCUCUGCACUUUCAAAAUGACAAAAUGUUGGUUUUGCUGAAAUGUGGGUGCAUUUGCUGCUUUUGUAUUUCUAUGUACAUGGUGUAAUGGUGAUGUCAAACUCUCUUUCUAUCAGUACUGCUCAAUAUGAAUCAUGAUUUUGACUUAA